CCCCAGCCGAGAGCUUCUUCCCCUCACCCUCGUCCUUCUUCUCAUCCACGUUCGUCAUCUCACCCACGUCCUUCAUCCUGUCCACGUCCUUCACGCUAUCCACGACCCACCGCGUCUCAGCCAGCGUUGUCGACCAACCCUCAGCAACCGAUGUCGACCGGCUACCAUCCAGAGCUGUCGAACACCGCUCAGCCGGCCAUGUCGACCCCCUCCCAGGCAGAGAGUGCUCGUCCCUCUCGUCCUCCCACCGCGCCUCCCACGAGAGUCCGACCCCCACGCGAGAGAUCCCCCGUUGUCGAACGCGAGCCGAUUCGCAAGCCGCGCCCCCCGGCCUCCCCCGUGGAGAUCCACAACACCACGCAGCAGCGACCCUCGUCGGAGCUACCCGGGGGGCGCCACGUGCACUUCGCAGAGCAAGUGGAGGAGCACCCCCUGAGCAACAACGACAGCUCCCACACCAACAACGAGUCCGAAGACACGUCGCCCCGCUUCUACAAAAACCACACAAUCCACCGCCAUCACUCCCCAGGCAGCGAGGACCGUCGCCGCACCGCGUCGCCCUACCCCGACCCGUUCAAGGACCCCCGAUACGCCUACCCCUCACCGCCGCGCCGUGAACACUUUGUGCCGCUGAUCCCUCGCGCGCGAGGACCUUCGCCGAGGGGCCACGGGCGCCGUCGACCAGAUUCCCCGAUGCCGGAGGACACUCCAAGACACCGGUACAUGCGACAGCCGGAGCUGCGUCGUCCUGAGCCCCGCAUCAUCCAGGAGGGGAGCAGGUUCAUGGCGGAGCGGGGAGCCCGAGCGUAUGACGCGUCUCGUGGCCGGGACGGCGGAAUGUCGCGUCCCCCGGAGGGUGGACGGUGGAGACCGCGUAUGCGGGAGUCGGAGUGGUAUGGCGACAUUCGAUCGGGGGAUGAGCGGGUGGCGGAGCAUCGCGGCCACCGGGGAUGGCACUGGCGGUGAGCAGACCAGCUAGAAUGUCAAUAAUCAUGACUGCGAUGAGGCAAAGGCUUGUAUGGUCAUGAUGACGGGGAGGAUAGCAUGGUUAGUAGUUGGGACGGCAGUUAGUUAUGCAGGCUCGACAUGGUUAGGAUAUGGUUAUGGCGUUAUGCAGACAUGAGGGAAUUGCAGACUGAUACCCGGAUGGAGGCCGGCGUCUAGGAGGAUUUUCUUGAUGACGUUUCAUUUCAUGUUGCUUUAUUGCGUUGCGUGUGUUACUUGUGUUGCGUUCAUUGUG